AUCCAAGAUGGCGGAAGAGGUGCAGAGGGAACGUAUCACUUGUGCCUUCUUUUUGAAACGAAAAAAUCGUUUUUGCCGAAUGACAGUUUCAGGUGGAAGCAAAUAUUGCGGAGAGCAUAGGAUUUUUGAUGAAGAAUCUAAAGGUGUUGGACGAAAAAGGAUCACUUGUCCUCUGGAUGGGAAACAUACCGUGUUUGAAGACCAGCUUAAGAAUCACCUCAAGAAAUGCAAUCAAACAAAGAAAACUCAAGUGGUCUACUACAGUUCUAAUAUCAACUCUGGUAUACCAGACUAUGAAUUCUCUGCAGCAGAAAAGGUUUCAUUAAGUUCUGUUUGUCAAGAGAAAGUUUCAAGGUUAAUCAGCAAAGUUAAAGAAUGUUAUAAAGCUCAUGUUCCUCAAAUCCCUGAGGAAGUCCUAUUUCAUAAUGUAUUUCAAGAAGAAGUUACAGAAAUGGUGGACAAUCCGGCUGUUUUGAAACAUUUGAAACAACAGAUAUUUUCUGGAAAUUGCAAGGAGAAGUUACUUGUUAAAGGCAUCUGGGAACUGGAAGAGUUGAACAGAACUGCAUCUCUUAUUGGUCAUAUGGACAAGCUACAUCUCUUAGAACCCAGGACAAUAUUCUUGGAAUUUGGAGCUGGUAGAGGAAAGUUGUCUCAUUGGCUUCAGCUGGCUGUGGGGAGUGCUGCAAAGGAUGUGGACUAUCUCCUUAUUGACAGAGCAAGUAAUAGAUAUAAGUAUGACCGUUAUCAUCGAGGAGAGGACCAGGGACCGUCUUUCCAGCGAUUAAACCUGGACAUUAGACACCUUGAUUUAAGUAAGAGCAAGGUGCCAUGUAUUCAAUAUAGUAAGCGGAGAGUUGUUGCUGUCAGCAAACACCUUUGUGGGGCUGCUACUGACUUGACCAUCCGUUGCUUGGUAGAAACGUUAGAUAACACUCAGAAGCAAUCAGUUGAUGACAUCUGUUUAGAAAAUGGUGCGGAUAAGACACGUAGUAGGGAAGACAAGAGGAUAAAGCUAGACCCCAAUGAACGGCCAGUGAAGGGAGUGAUAUUGGCCCUGUGUUGUCACCAUUGCUGUUCCUGGCCUCAGUAUGUUGGUAGACCGUUUCUUCAGAAUCUUGGCUUUACUGCAGAAGAUUUUCAUCUGCUGUGUUGCCUUAGUAGCUGGGCAACCUGUGGCAUGAGGCUUAGGGAACGCCGAAGGGGAAUUGCUGGGCGGACUGAUGAAAGAACAGAGAAUGACGACCGAGGGGGAGAUGACUGCCAUGAAAUUUCAACAGAAAACAUUGCUUCACAAGAAUUUCUUUCAAAAAACGAUGAAGACAGCAAGGAAAUUAAAGAGGCCUGUGAGGAAGACAGAUGGUCAAAUUACACGAUACCUGAGAGAGAAGAAAUAGGUCUGCAGUGUAAACGACUCCUAGAUACUGGGCGUCUGUGGUAUCUGGAGUCGCGUGAAUUCAAUGCUAGACUGGCGUUCUACGUCGAUUCCAGCGUCUCGUUGGAAAAUGCGGUUCUUGUAGCGACACCAAACACAUAGGAUUCGCCGUUAAGACAAAUAAUAUAAUAAUGAAAUACUUUCCAAAUCGUGACGUAGAAGGACUACACUUCCUUUGAAGAAUUGCCUUUAUGAAGAGAAUCACCUGAGCAUGGUGGUCGUUUGGGUUGUUUUUUUUUUUCCUGUCUGCUCAACUGUUCGUCUGACCGACAUGCUGUGCGUCCGUCCGUCCGUCCGUUUUUACCCAUCUGCGUUCAUCUUUUGUCUGCAGUCUCACUUUUUGUGCCUACUGAGCCUUCAUCCUUACUCGAAUCUGAUCGGGUUUCUUUAAAUUCAUAUUUGUUUUUCUUGACUUCGUUAGGGCCUCAACUCUGCAUUUUGUCAUCGAUUUCAAUGUAAGAGCUACUUCGGGAAACGUUCGCACAUGUGCGUUAACUCUGAACUCUAACAUAUCUCUAAAAAAGAAAGGGCUCCAACCUUAAACUCAGCUUUCGCACUAGAGUAGGUCUAUCAAGAGCGCCAGGUACGCAGAGCGUACGAAGUGGCGGAGUUUUGUAUUGAAACGAAUUUUAUGCACAUUGCUGAAUCAAAGACCUCUUCUAUAAAUUUCCUGCCCUGUCCUCGGCCUGUCAGUUGACCAGUAUAUAAACUCUGCUCUAACCAAGUCCUCCUUUUGUCACAAGUUUGGCAUCGACAACUGCUGUUUAUUAAACUAACUACAGUAGGCACAUGCAGUCAUAGACUGCCUUUUAUUUGUAAUCUACUGUCUGAUCGAAAUUUGGCCUUUUUUUUCGGGUAUUUCGCCUCUCCAUCCUUUAUCAGUGCGUCCCCCACGUUCUUGAUUCGUCUGUUUAUUCCGUGGGAUGCCAGUGGCAGGCCCACGGUAAGGUUUGCUCGGCGUUCCUUUGUUAUCGUCGAUGCAAAUCGACAAAUUUAAUUAAUUCUUGAAAUGCGUUAAAUGUUCGACACUUCCCAAUCUCUUGGCAAUAAACUAGUUGCCAGUAA